AUUUUAUUAUUAUUUAACAUUUAAUCCGGAAAUUGUUAAUGAAAAUGUUUCGAAAACAUUUUGGGAACCUGUCUCGUGUCUCCACACAACUUCAGCGCAAUGUCUUGCAACUGUCCACGAAUGCGGAAGCGUCUCCCGUUGAGGGAACAGCGGCAGCAAGCGUAAACGAGUUCCGCACGGCCGUUGCCAAUCCCGGCGAGCACUCGGCCCUGCAUGUGGCCAAAUUCUACACCAUACCCGUGGAGCAGAAGAAACAGAUCUUUACCGGCGGUGGCCUGCCAAAACAGUACGAGCAACAGAUAAAGACUUUCACCGAAUCCUGCCUCAUGGUGCGAUCGCCGGCGCUGGAGCUGCUCCACUACAUUAAGAACGCGGAUCUGACGAAGCCUGUGGUACGUUAUGUGCUCUAUGGAGACAAUGGUGUGGGCAAGACAUUGACCAUGGCCCAUGUUCUACACUACGGAGCCAUAAAUGAUUUUCUGCUGGUUCAUGUACCCUGGGCGCCCAAUUGGAUGAAACGGCCCAAGGAGGCAUCCAACGCCACUCAGGAGGGUAUGCUCGAUCUGCCCUUCGAUGCGGCCGCCUGGCUGGUGCAUUUCAAAACGCAGAAUGCCAAGUUGCUGCAGCAACUGCAGCUGAAGACGAGCAAGGAGUAUGUGUGGAGCAAGCGCGAGAGCACACCCGCCGGCUCGACCCUCAUAGAGCUGGUGGAGCAUGGCAUAUCGCGCAUAAAGUACGCCACGGAAACAACGGUGGCUUUGAUUUCAGAGCUUAAACAGCUUUCGACGGCGGGACAGUGCAAAGUAAUGGUGGCCAUCGACGGCUUCAACGCCUUUUUCCAUCCCGAAACGCGCAUCUUCUCGGACAACAAACAACGGGUGACACCAGACCGCAUAACGCUGACACAGCCCUUCCUCGACAUCACCAGCUACGACUGGACCAAUGGAGUUUGCAUCCUGUCCGUUGAUAAGCUCGCCAUGACCGAGGGCUACAUGGACUCGUAUAUGCCACGCUAUCUGCUGGGCACAGCGGGCUUUGAGCACAUCGAUCCCUUUGUGCCAGUUCACGUGGACAACUACACGGACAAGGAGUUCCACAGCUACAUAAACUACUACUUGGACCGCCACUGGAUCAACAAGACGCCGAAGGGCUUCGAGGAGCAGCUGAAGUUCAUGAGCAAUAAGAAUCCCUACACGCUCAUGCAGCUUGUCAAGUCAUUGUAGAGGGGAACUGUCCCAUCUUUGUUAGCUAAUAAUCGUAAAUAAAAUCGACUUGUUAAAGAAAUGAAAAUCAAUAAUAGUAGUUGUGCAAUUUUGUUGAAUAA